AUGAACCACGAAACCACAACCCUGAUAUCCUUGAAGGAAGCGAUGAAAAGAGUAGACAACAAACUCCAAGCUCUAGACACCCAGUUCAAAGAACUGGACAUCAUCAAGGAUAAUCUGACGCGGCAGUUUGAACACCAUAGCAAGAUUUUGGCAAGCCAAGCAGCCCAAGAUGAGAUGUGGACAGCAGUUCUGGUCCUCGGGUUCACCUCAAUGGAAUUGAAUAUUUUAUACAGCUAUGUCAUUGAGGUCCUUAUUUGCUUGCACACUCGAAUGCUUCAGAAGCUUCCAGACCUGGUGAGAAGUCUUCCGACCUUAACCUCCGUCCUUAGAAGAAAAGCCAAGAAUAAGCAGGUUAGAAUUGUGUGGGAAUCUGUCCUGGAGGAGUAUGGGCUGCAAGAGAGAGACGUCACAGCCCUCUGUACCUUCUUCAUUGCACACGGCAACAAGGCGGAGCACUAUUCUGCUAAUGUAAGACGGAUGUACAUAAAAGAUGUUACGUUCAUGAUCACCAACAUGGUAAAGAACCAGGCUCUGCAGGAUGGCUUGCUGAGAGCUGUUCAGAUCGUAGAGAAGGGGAAAGCAGCCAGCAUCCCUGAAACCACAAGGGCACCGCUAAACGAGCUGAUGCCACCAGUCAAAGACUAG